GGCCAUGAGACUCCAAUGACCAUCCCCGAGUUAUUCCAGGAAUCUGCCAACCGGUUCGGCAUGUACCCAGCCCUGGCAUCCAAGAACGGGCAGGAGUGGGACAUCCUGAGUUUCAGCCAGUACUACGAAGCUUGUCGGAAGGCAGCGAAAGCGUUCAUGAAGCUGGGCUUGGAACGCUUCCAUGGAGUUGGCAUCAUGGGCUUCAACUCAGUGGAGUGGCUCAUCGCUGCUGUUGGAGCCAUCUUGGCAGGGGGCCUCUGUGUUGGUAUUUAUGCCACGAACUCCGCUGAGGCCUGUCAGUAUGUCAUCACCAACGCCAAGGUGGACAUCUUGCUGGUUGACAAUGACCAACAAUUACAGAAGAUUCUCUCGAUUCCACCGAGCAGUCUGGAGUCACUGAAAGCCAUCAUCCAGUACAAGCAGCCCCUGAAGCAGGACGCCAGCAACCUGUACUCCUGGGAUGGUUUCCUGAAGCUCAGCACCAGCAUUACCAAUGUCCAGCUGGACCGGGUCAUCUUGGGCCAGAAAGCCAACCAGUGUGCUGUCCUCAUCUACACCUCUGGGACCAUGGACCACCCCAAGGGUGUGAUGCUCAGCCAUGACAAUAUCACAUGGACGGCCGAGGCCAUGGUGCGGGAGCUGGGGCUAAAUCACACGGCGGGGAAACAGGAGAUGGUGGUCAGCUACCUGCCCCUCAGCCACAUCGCGACUCAGAUGGUGGACAUUUGGAUACCCAUCAAGAUUGGGGCGCUUAUUUUCUUUGCUCAGCCAGAUGCUCUCAGGGGCACCUUGGUUAGCACGCUGCAGGAGGUGAAGCCCACCACCUUCCUGGGGGUGCCACGGAUCUGGGAAAAGAUGCAGGACACCAUCAAGCAGAGUGUGGCCAAGUCUUCGAGUCUGAGGAAAAAGGCAUUCUCUUGGGCCAAGAUUGUUGGCUUAAAGGUCAACACGAAACGCAUGCUGGGGAAGAGUGACAUUCCCAUAAACUACCGCAUGGCCAAGGCGCUGGUGUUCAGCAAAGUGCGGAGCUCGCUGGGCUUGGACCACUGCCACUCCUUCCUCAGCGCGGUGGCACCCCUCUCCCAGGAGACCUCCGAGUUCUUCCUCAGCCUGGACAUCCCCAUUGGAGAGAUCUACGGGAUGACUGAGAGCUCGGGGCCACAUGCUGUCUCCAGCACGAUGAACUACAGAGUUCUGAGCUGUGGCAAGAUCCUGAGCGGGUGUAAAAACAUGCUGUAUCAGCAGAACAAUGAUGGCAUUGGGGAGGUGUGCAUGUGGGGCCGCCACGUCUUCAUGGGCUACCUGGACAGGGAGGAGGCCACAGGGGAGGCCAUCGACGACGAGGGCUGGCUGCACUCAGGGGACAUGGGCCGCAUGGACAACCAGGGCUACCUCUUCAUCACUGGCCGCAUCAAAGAAAUCCUCAUCAUGGCUGGCGGUGAGAAUGUGGUCCCCAUCCCCAUUGAGACCCUGGUGAAGGAGAAGAUUCCCAUCAUCAGUAAUGCCGUGCUGGUGGGUGACAAGGCCAUGUUUCUGAGCAUGCUGCUGACACUGAAGUGUGAGAUGGACCCCAUGACUGGUGAGCCCCUGGACAAGCUGACCUUGGAGGCUGUCAACUUCUGCCGAGCCCUGGGCAGCUCAGCAACCACUGUGUCAGACAUUGUGAAGCUGCAAGACCCACUGAUCUACACAGCCAUCCAGUACGGCAUAGACGCCGUGAACCGGGAAGCCAUCUUGGAUUCUCAGAGGAUUCGCAAAUGGAUCAUCUUGGACAAAGACUUCUCCAUACACGGUGGAGAGCUGGGUCCAACGUCAAAAGUUAGGAGACGUUUCAUAAACCAGAAAUACAAGUCACAGAUUGAAGCCAUGUAUUCCUGAUCAUUUGCUGCACCAGGCUGUCCCUGAUGAUAAACUUCAUCGUCCAGGGCUCUCCCUCCCGUUUUUAAGAUCCAGACUCCCAUACACCAGUUUCUUCACUGCGCACCUAUUGAAGAACUGCCCCAGUUGGUUCCAUC